AUGGGUGAAGACGAUAAGUUCGCAGUUCCUGCACCUCCGAAACAGUUUGGAUCAUUAGCCAACGCAGACAGUGUGAAUGCGAUUUUGAAUUCGGCUCAAAAAAGCCAUGGACCAACAGUAUCUCUGGAAAGAAUGGAAGUAACCAAUCAAGCAGACUCUCGUCACGAUGCAGAGAUGCUCGCUGAAUUCGACAGAAGGAGACGAGCUCGAACACUCACGCUCCCUACAGACGAUGUUCAGGUAAAACUGAAACUUCGUGCUUUAAACCAACCAAUUUGCUUAUUCGGAGAAGAUGCACUGGAUAGACGAGAAAGACUCCGAGCUCUACUUUCUACGAUGUCUGAAGACGAAAUUGCUGCUGUAUUGCAUACCGACGAGGUUAAUGCCGAUAAAGCCGAUGAAGAAACUGUGACAUGGUACCAUAGAGGACCAGUAGAGCUCCGUAAGGCACGAGUUGCAAUUGCCGAUUUUUCGCUUAGAAAAGCUAAAUUGAGACUGGAGAAAGCACGCGAGGAUGCCGCUCAACCUGCGCACGAGAAAGCUUUGGCUCGGCAAGAAGCUCACAAAUGGGUACAACAAAUUAACCUUCAUUCUUCUCAAGUUGCCGAUACUCGUCCUGUCGCUUUUUGUGAAUUUUCAUCAGAUUCACAGCAUAUUGUUACUGCUGGUUGGUCUGGUUCAGUAGCAGUCUGGAAAAGAGAACAGUGUGCUCAGGAAAUGAAGUAUACUGGUCAUUCUGCACAAGCUGGAUGUGCUCGAUUUCAUCCAGGAGCUUUUACACAAAACGAUGCAUCUUCGUUGAAUGUAGUUUCAGGUGCUUAUGAUGGAACGGUCCUACUAUGGUCUUUGACCCAAGAAACACCAAUUGGAGAGAUUGAGAAGCACCCGCAGCGAGUAUCGAAACUAGCAUUUCAUCCAAAUGGACUCCAUCUAGCCACAGCAUGCUUUGAUUCUACCUGGAGAAUGUAUGAUUUGAUAACGAAAAAAGAGUUAUUGUUCCAAGAAGGACACUCAAAAUCAGUAGCUGAUGUAGCGUUUCACCCUGAUGGUUCUGUUGCUCUGACUGGUGGACAUGAUUGCUAUGGUCGAGUCUGGGAUAUGCGAACAGGAAGAUGUAUUAUGUUCCUUGAUGGACACACAAAAGAAAUUCAUUCUGUUGAGUGGAUGCCGAAUGGCUAUGAAAUGAUUACUGGAAGCUCGGAUAAUUCAAUGAAAGUUUGGGAUCUUCGAAUGCGCCGAAACACUUAUACCAUGCCAGCACAUACGUCAGUCGUCACACGGGUUCGUGCAGAUGCUGCAGGCCAAUAUCUUGUUUCAGCCAGUUUUGAUUGUACACUCAAAAUGUGGUCUACCACUGGAUGGCAACCAUUGCGACAGUUGCAGGGACACGACACUCGAAUUCUCUGCGUUGAUAUCAGUCCAGAUGGACAAUGGAUGUGUUCUUCUGCUUUUGAUCGUACAUUCAAGUUAUGGGCCCAAUCUGAUUAUUGA